AUGGUCCACGUUCAUGUUGAUCCCGAUAAGCAAAAGACAAGACAGGCCUUCGACAGAGACCUCGUUCCUCCUAAUUUGAUUCCGAACUAUUUCCUCCUUGAUGAUUUUGGGGGUCUUUUCCCGACUAGUUUCUGCGCCCCGCAAGCUGAAUCAGUAUCGUGUCCUAAAAAACUCACCGAGUGUGAAGAAUCUCAAAUGUACAGCUGGCUGGAAUCCAACGACUGCCGUUCGAUGGGUCUUAACGACAUAGCAAACAAAAGUUUGAUGACCCACGAGGCUAUGAGCAACGAUUUCGGCCACUGGCCUGACGCUAUUACGUCAAAGUGUUUUGAGAAUAGCAAGGCGCAAUCCCAUGAUGAUCGGACUCAGUUACCAUCGCAGGACCCGUUCAUGCAAAGUGCUCGAGAGAUAACCAUGCACGACGGCCAUGGCCAACACGAACAAUCCUCUAUCAAGCAAGAGAGGUCGAUCGGAGAAGAACAGGACCCGGCUGAUGAUGUCAUGUUUGGCAUAGCCCAUCCAAUCCCCAGGCUGCCCAGCUUAAUUAUGACCGGCAACAGUCUCAUAGGUCCUGAAACGGAAUCUGCGGCAACACUAUCCCUUAGAACUCCUGAUAAUUCAUGUGAGAUUCAGUACAACGAUGACAAUGUCCAAAAUCCAGAAUGGGAAGCCACUGAGCUGGAAGUAUCCGAGCUUUCAGAAGGAAGCUCCGUACGUAAUGUCAACAACUUCAUUCCAAUUAGCGGUCCUGCUACGCCGCCUCCCCGAUCGACCUUUGGGACUCGAGCACCCUGGGAUGCGCAACGCCAGAAUAUCAGCCGUGGCGAUACCCUCUGGGCCGACAGUCCAUGUGGGUUGAGCAUGACUGGACUCUGUGGCUACUUCAAUAAAAGCUUUGACCAUACUCUCCCCACCGUCAACAACGAUCUUCACAGUUUGCCGCUGCAGGAAAACGCGUGCCAAUAUUACACACAACCAGCAAUGUCUGCCUCUCAAAGAAGAUUCGAGAAUGUUGGUUUCGCCCUUGCCAAAGAACAUGCGGGUUGUCUAGGAUGCGAUCCAAUCCAGCUCUACUAUGAGAACUCCUAUUUUCACCACCUUGUGCACCCGAACCUUGCAACCAACAGGAGUUAUUUUCCUCGGGAGCAGCUGAGCGGUAAGCAAAUUGUUUACCGUAACGACAGUAGAGACGCGUUUCUCGUGGAAUGUAAGCGGCGCGGGCUUUCCUAUAAGGACAUCAAGAGAAUAGGUGGCUUCAAAGAAGCCGAGUCAACACUCCGGGGAAGGUUCCGGACACUCACAAAGUCAAAAGACCAGCGAGUAAGGAAGCCUCAGUGGCAGGAGAAAGAUGUAAAUCUGCUCUGCGAGGCAGUAGAUGCCUGCUUGGAAGGCGAAAAGCAAGCUCGUAGCGCUUAUAGUCUUAGCUCUCGGCCUCCCACUGCUUCCCAGCUGCCCAAGGUUUCCUGGAAGAGAGUAGCAGAGUACAUCUGGACUCAUGGGGGUUCAUAUCAAUUCGGAAAUGCCACUUGUAAGAAGAAGUGGUGCGAUAUACAUGGAUUGAAGAUUUGA